AUGUGGCAAGCCCUGACCUUUGUUGUGCACCAUUUUCUGACCACCAUGGCAGGUCACUGCUUCUGUCGACCGUGUAUAACCCAAAUUGUGCGAUGUCCGAAACCGCAAAGACGUUGCCCAAACUGUCGGGCCGUAAUUCGUGGUGCAGACGAUGCGCAACCGAUAUUCCUCGAAAUUGUUGCGGUGAAGCCGAUGGCCAGCAUGGUGGCCGAAGGUCUAGGCAGGAUGGAUGCUGACGCAAGGGUGGUGAGCGUACAGAAAGCAGGAAAGAAGCUAGAUCAGGUUGCCGCAACAGAAGGCAUUGAGAGGGAGGUUUUGAUAGAAUUACUUCAGGCUAUCACGGACUUCAAUGCUCGGAUUGUCCCCGUGUUUGUCAAGGCUCGCGAACAGGAGGCUGAAAUCAUCGUGCUGAAGAAGCAGCUGGAGGAUGCUCAAACGUUGCGCGACCAGGCCGACCUUGUCUUGCAACUCAAAGGAGAGGCGGCACUGUUACGAGCUAAUAACCUCAAGUUGCGUCAGGAUUUGAAAGCCUCCGAGGAACAAACAGAUCAAGCAGUCAAAUUGGUAGCAGAAAGAGCACAAGAGGUCAAGAAAACUCAAGCAAAACUGGACGACAUAGAGGUCAGGGGUCAAAGCGAAAUUCGACGCUUGAAAGGGCUAUUAGAACGAAAUGCCGACGAUCGAAACCGAGAGCGGCAAAAAAUAGGCACUAUUUCAAGUCAACGAGACUCUUUACAACAGCAGCUCGUUGCUUUACAAAAAGAGUUCGAGAGAGUGAGGGAGGACGACGACGACCUAGAAAUCGUCCUAGACGACGCGCAAAGUUCGGAAAUGUCGGAACCACCACGUCCCACGCAGCCAUUGUUGCCCACACCAGGAAGGAUGGUCAAGCUUGGCUUCGAGGGCAUGCCAAAACCGGGAUUUAGUAGUGAUUGGCAGCUUGGGCGAGGUACGAAGCGGAAAGAGCGGGAGGAGACAACUACAGUCGGCCUCAAGCAAGGUGGUCUACUGCAGCUUGGCCCGAAGCGGACGAUACGGGUCAAAGCGGUCCAGGCCAAAUAG